GCAGGAGAUUUGUUGGUAUCAGAGAUCAGCAUCACAUCAUGCAUCUUGAGCAGAUCACCUAGAUAUCUGACUUCUAAAAAUCUCAUUGUCAGUGCAUCGCAUGAAUGUAACCGAACUGCUAAAGGUCGGAAGUCCUUGUUCUUCUGGUGUUUUUGUCCGCUACCACCAGCUCCUGUGACCCUGAUUUACAAAGAGAGCCUGAAGCCAGAUUUGUGAUCUGAGCAACACUGACACGGACGUGACUUGAAUCUCAUCUGGAGUGUUUCUGAAUAUGACAGAAACGGGGAUGGAUCCAAAAUGGAACCAGCCCUCAGGGCCAAACCGUGUUGGUGUAUCAGGAUGACGAAGUGAAGGUGCGAAGGUAAAGUGGUCUGAUGUGAGAGCAACAUGAAACAUCAGGCAGAAUAUUUUUAGGAGCUUCUUCCACACCUCCACCUCCCGUCUCUCUCUUUGACUAGUCCUCACACUCCCUCUCUCGCUUGCUGACAGCUGCUCUCUUUUCUCUUCUCUCAGCGAGCCUCCCUCUCAGCCUCUCAUCACAUUCGGCAGCUUUCAGCCUGCGAGGACGAAGCGGAGGAGGAGGAGGAGGAGGAGGACACAGCAGAGUAACAGAGCAGAACAGAGUCGAGCAGUGUAAUCUGCUCUGGGAUUAUUUUGAACUUUGCUGCAUUUCUGCUGUUGCUGAUUCUCUGAAAACAUCUCUGAAAGUUGCAGAUGGACGAGUGAACGCGCAAUGUUGCCCUCUUGUUCCUGAAACAACCUGAGAGACAUGGAGACACAGGUCGCCCUGUGAUUCAUUGGGUGGUGGACGGAGACUCCAGCUGAGAUGGAGGACAGCUAAACCGAUAAAUUAUCCAGGAUUCAUUGUUUGUCACUUUCAAAACCAGGAGUCAUACUGGGAACACGUCAGUCGGUCAAGAAGUACUGAAAAGAAAAUCGAUAACCCAAUCAUUUAAUGUUUUUUCCCCAUUUGCAAAUCAUUUUUCUGCAUAACGUAUAAGAGAACAUCGGAGACUGGUGUGAAACCAGCUGGAACAUUUUGGUUGGUGAAGUCCACUUACUGGCUUGUGGGACUGAGCUUUUGACCAUACUGCAGAUCUUCUUGGAUUUGUAGAUGCUCAAACAUGUUGGCGUGACAUUUUUAUAGAUUUGUUUAAAUAUAAAAUUUGCUGAAAUAACACAGUUAAAAUCCUUCAGCCUGAAGAGAUUCUGUUUCCUGUGAGUAGUCUUCAUGGCUGGCGUUUUGUCGCACCCUUUGGUAAAAGCUACAAAUUGUGAACAUAUAUGUUCAUGUUAAAUACAUUUCCUAAUAACAGGGAAAGUCUAAUUGUCUGAGCUAAUUCAUCGGAACAUCUCAAGACGGUCCUGUCAGAAAGACUAAUGUGCAUAAAACACAUUGUCUUGUUUAAGUUCUUAACAUUUGGUAAAUUUUAGUGGUGAAUUUAAACCUGAUCAUGUGAAAUCCAGGCAUUGGCUGCUUCUCAAGGUGGAUCACUAGUGUUGUGGAGCAGUUUCUCAUCAUGGAACGACCAUUAGCCAGGUCAUGCUUAUCCAAACUCAAAGGACUGGAUUCUUAGACAUGUCACUGGUUUUGCACUGAGGCGCGAUCACCCUCAAGCUCAGGACACAGAGCAGAUCUUUUGUCUUCAGUGGCUCUGUCCUCCUCUCAGGGAGAUGGCGGCUGCCAUCGCCAGCUCCCUGAUCAGACAGAAGCGUCAGGCUCGUGAGUCCAACAGCGACAAGGUCGCCACCAACAAGAGACGCUCGAGUCCCAGUAAAGACCCAAGGUCUCUGUGUGAGAGACACUUCUUCAGCGUCUUCAGCAAAGUUCGUUUCUGCAGCCGAAAGAAACGACCUGUGCGCCGGAAACCAGAGCCGCAGCUGAAGGGCAUAGUGACGCGACUCUUCAGCGAGCAUGGCUUCUUCCUGCAGAUGAUGCCUGAUGGAAAUAUCAGCGGAAACAAGGAUGAGAACAGCGACUACACUCUGUUUAACCUGAUCCCAGUAGGGUUGAGGGUUGUGGCCAUCCAGGGAGUGAAGGCUGCUCUCUACAUGGCCAUGAAUGCAGAGGGGUUCCUCUACACAUCAGAUAUCUUCACACCAGAGUGUAAGUUCAAGGAGUCGGUGUUUGAGAACUACUAUGUCAUCUACUCAUCCACACUGUAUCGGCAGCACGAGUCAGGCCGCGCCUGGUUCCUGGGUCUCAACAAGGAGGGCAUCAUCAUGAAGGGAAACCGAGUGAAGAAAACCAAAGCCUGUUCACACUUUGUCCCCAGACCCAUCCAAGUCUGCAUGUACAAGGAGCCGUCGCUGCACGAGCUCGAGGAGAAGCUGCUGAAAUCCUCACGGAGCCCAACGCUGAACAGCGGGGGCCGGGCGAGGAGCAUG